AGGAAGGACGAAAGGAAGGAGCCCUGCUGGUAUGAUUCUCAUCAGCAGGUUCUCUUAGGAGGCGCUCAGUUACAUGUCUGUAACGCUAAUCAGAGUGAGGCGAUCUCCAUCUGUUAGUGUGUGAGUCAGUGUAAUCCUCUGCAAUUUGAACUUGAACAUUUCAUCUGAUCGAGUCUCAGGCUCUUGAUCAGAAAGAACUUUGAAGUGGCCUAACAACUCCUGAACUUCUGUGAACUGUUUUUUCUAGAGAGCGGUCACUUUUGUUCGGGGUAGGGUUUGUGAACGGAAGUCCGGCAGAGCGAGGGGCUCAGGAGCUGGACGUUUGGACGCUCGGGGAAGGGGUGGUGCUGGAACUGUGCAGCCCUGGGGGCAGAGAGAGUGGUCCUCUUGUAUCUGACCCUUGCCCAAGGUCACACAGGUUUUGGAAGAGAAUCUUUUUCAUUAAGAGAAAACUUCAUGCCAUUGGGUGAUUGAGGAGAAACCAUUGGAAGCAAAUCCUAAACAUGCAUCGUACAGAAAUACCUUUGGCACUUUUGGUGCUUACGUUUUUGGGCACUUCAGAAGGAACCUGUACUUCACGUCUGCACAUUACUGCCUUCGAAGGGGAACCUUUCUAUCUGAAAUACUGCUCCUUUUCAUCUGAGCGUGAGAACAAAACCACCGCCAUAAAAUGGUACAAAAAUGAAUCACAUGGACUUGUUGAGCUGAACUCAAGUAGUUCACCCAGAAUUAUUCUGCAUGAUUAUGUUUUGGAGUUUUGGCCCAUUGAGCUGAAUGACAGUGGAUCGUACUCUUUCCGAAUGGGGAAUGAUACUCACGACUGGAAAUUAAAUGUCGUUGGAAGAGGUAAACACAGCUGUUUUACUGAGAAACUAGUAAUUAGUAAAGUUGUGGAAGUUAAGAAAUCUUUGCACGUAGCUUGCGAACAUAGUUACUAUCAAAAACCGGUCAACAGAACGCUGUAUAAGGACUGUCAAAAGAUAGAGAACAGUAAAAACCCAUUUUCAAAGAAUGCAGAGUUUGAAGACCAAGGAUACUAUACCUGCAUGUUUUUCCUCCGUCACAAUGGGAAACUAUUUAACGUCACCAAAACCUUCAAUAUAACAAUAGUUGGAGAUCGCAAUAAUAUAAUUCCAGUUCUUCAUGGACCAAAGCUUACCCAUGUUAAAGUGGAAUUAGGAAAAGACAUACAGCUCAACUGCUCUGCUUUGAUGAAUGAAAAGGAUAAGAUUUAUUGGAACAACUGGAAAGAAAAUGAAAACGACCCUAAUAUACAUGAAGAAGAAGGGCAGAGAAUCCGGACUUCAGAAGGCAAAUUGCUUGCUUCAAAAGCCCUGAUAAUUAAGAAUAUUAAUGAAAAAAAUCUAAACCGUUCAUAUAGUUGUUCUGUGGUCGGCAAGGAAGGCAUCGACACAAAAAGCUUCAUCUUGUUGAAAAAAGACGUGAUUGACAUCCCAGGCCACGUCUUCACUCGAGGAAUGAUCGUAGCUGUUUUGAUCUCCGUGGUCAUCGUGUGCCUAGUCACUGUGGGUGUCAUUUAUAGAGUUGACCUGGUUCUGUUUUAUAGACAUUUCACGCGAAGAGAUGAAACCUUAACAGAUGGGAAGAUAUACGACGCUUUUGUGUCUUACCUAAAAGAAUGCCGGCCCGAGAACGGAGAGGAGCAUGCCUUUGCUGUGGAGAUUUUGCCCAGGGUGUUGGAGAAACAUUUUGGGUAUAAGUUAUGCAUAUUUGAAAGGGAUGUGAUGCCUGGAGGAGCUGCUGUUGAAGAAAUCCACUCCUUAAUAGAGAAGAGCCGCAGGCUGAUCAUUGUUCUGAGUAAAAGUUAUAUGUCCAACAGAGUCAGAUAUGAACUUGAAAGUGGACUCCAUGCAGCACUGGUGGAAAGGAGAAUUAAAAUCAUCUUAAUUGAAUUUACACCUGUCAGUGACUUUGCAUUCUUGCCUCAAUCCCUAAAGCUUUUGAAAUCUCACAGAGUUCUGAAGUGGAAGGCUGACAAAUCUGAGUCGUAUAACUCACGGUUCUGGAAGAAUCUUCUUUAUCUGAUGCCUGCAAAGACAGUCAAGCCGUGUAGAGAUGAGUCAGAAGUCUUGCCUGUGUUUUCACAGUCCUGAUCUUCAGAAAAGCAAAGUGUCAGAAAGAAGCCUGGACCCCCUGGGCAUUGAGUGUGUGAGACUGUUUACAACAAGGGGCAUUAUUCAAAUAUUAAACUCUGUUCUGUGAACGUCCUACUGACAGUUUGAAGAUGAAACUUGUCAUCAGGUUGCCAGGCUAAGACUAAAUAAACAUUGUGCUGUGGUCAAGGGCUCCCAGAAGACCCUGGAUUCAUGGAAAUGGAUCUCCUGUCUCUCUUUCUUCUGUAAUGAGGUGCAUGGGCUCUACUCUGUCCCAUAUUGAGCAACUGUGAGGCUGGACACAGAGCAAAAUGCUUUAUGCUUUAUAAUAAGGGCAUAUCUUUAGGAGUUUUAAUACUAAUAAUUGAACUAAAGGGUUUUAAGUUCACGAAGUAGCAUUUUUUAUGAGCCAGGAGGUGACCCAAGAACUGGAAUGGUGCCUUCACCCUCCCACGAUGGCUACUACCUCUCAGCACCGUGGACAGUGCCCGGGAUGUGGUUGAGAGCCAGCAGGGCUGCGUGCAGAGCGGGACUGAGGUGUGAGCUGCUGUAACAGAGCCCCAGCCUCAGGAUGUGUUUACCGUCUCCUGGCCGCAGCUGCAGGUCCACGAUUCUUGGAACCCCACUGGGGCACUACCCAGGGCUUGCUCAGUUGGGCCUAGGUGUGGGAACUUCUUAAAAGGAACUCAACUUUUUAUCUUUCAUGUGAGACACAAAUUAUAAUUCAGAUAAUUUUCUAGGUCUUUCAGAAAUGGUCUAAAACAUUUGUUGAUUUUACACCAGUGUUUAUAUACAGGAUGGGUGCAGAUCAGCUUAGACAUUGAACAGCAAACAAUGAUGGUUACUUGCUAGAUUUUUAGAAGAUUACAGAUGUAAAAGUCCCUUUGGGUGGAGGCAGUGCAGUGAAGAGGAUGAACUGUGCAACCAAGAGGCUUGAGCACGAAUCCCAGGUUUACAACUUGCCUCUGUGACCUCUGGACGCUCUUCUAACUGAUCUGUGCCUCAGUUUCCUCAUCUGUAAAAUUAGACUUUAUAAGAGUUGUAUGGGGGGCUCAAUGAAUAAAUACAAAUGAAGUACUUAUCACAGUUCUGGGUACAGACUUCCCACCUGGAAGCAUUGGUGGUGCUAUUUUUGUUAUUAUUAUUAAUUAUUACUUAGCUCAGCUGUUUCGUGGUGGGCUGACAUGGAGCCAGAGAGCAGGGAAGGGAAGGAGGUCUGGAGAGGGAGGCGGUGUUGACCCAAGGAUGUUUGUUUAUACAGAGAAGGGUGGAGGAGAAGCAUAGCGGUGGGGCCAAAGCUAUUCCUUCGGUGGACUUGUGCCGGGUUUGGCGCUGGGAGACAUGUCUCUGUCUCUUUAAAGUGAGCCCAGGACUCUGGGCCUCCUUGCUGGCCUCCGUGGCCAUGGCUGCCCACGAGAGUCACUGAGCGAGGGACAAAUGUCAGCCCUGCGGAGAAAGGCAAGCACUGGGAAAGCUGGGAAGGAAGGCAGGUUAGAACACACGGGUGCAGCAUGGAUGCUCCAAAAAAUGUAAAACAGCUGUAGUAGGUCUUGCUGUCGAUCAAAGAGGAAUGAAACAUUCGUGAGAUUUUCAGUGUGAGGAUGUGGUCUAAUCGUUUGUAGAGCUUGCAAUUUUGGGUGCUCGUUGGACGGCUAAAAAUAAGUAAACUAAUUUAGUUACUAAGGUGUUUUGUAUGUGAAAAUGUAGGGUCCAGGGCAGUUUUACGGCUGCCAUCAUAGUCUUUAAUACAUGGAGUGACUUCCUUCUCUCUUUCGUUAUGUAUGCUUUUAAUAUAUUAAAUGUAUUUUGUAUUAAAUGUGUACAUUACAUAUAUGCUUUGAAGCACAUGAAUGAA